CAGCACGUGUUUCGCGCCUCCUCUAAGCGCCCAACCGACUCCGAGCCACGGCCCACAAGUCGUUCGGACCAUCUCACCGCACGCGUCCUCCUCUCCACCUCUGCUACUCUACCACUUCCCCCGCGAUGUCGCUCGACGGCUACGAUGGAGAUGCCACGGAGCUUAUGGAAACUUAUGACUUUCUUAUGAAGUACAUCGUUAUCGGCGAGGCCGCUACGGGGAAGUCAUGUCUCUUGCACCAAUUCGUGCACAAUACAUUCAAGGACCACUCGCAACAUACCAUUGGCGUGGAGUUCUCGAGCCGGACGAUUCGGCUGGGCGAGAAGCGCAUCAAGCUGCAGUUGUGGGACACGGCAGGGCAGGAGAGGUUUAGAUCUGUUACGCGAAGCUACUACCGAGGAGCAGCGGGUGCUAUACUGGUCUACGACAUUACGAGCCGCGCGUCGUUCCAGAACCUCUCGAGAUGGCUUGCGGAUGCGCGCGCGCUGGCAAGCCCACACCUCGUCACUGUUCUCGUAGGCAACAAGUCAGAUAGAGAAGAGGAACGCGAAGUAGAAUGGGCAGAGGCGAGUCGGUGGGCGGCUGAGAAUAACGUGCAUUUCCUCGAGGCAUCUUCGUUGACAGGAGAUAACGUCGAGGCGCCAUUCCUCCUUUGCGCGCGGUCAAUAUUGCUCGCCAUAGAAUCGGGCCAACUCGACCCAGACAAAGCCGGGAGCGGUGUCAGCUACGGCGACCGUGCGCUGCGGAGGGUGAACAGCUCUGGUCGGCUGAGCUUUGGCAGCCUCAGCCACACGCGAAGGAAGAGCACCGUCAAGCUUCGACUUCCUGGUAUCACCAGCAGGUGUUGCUGACCCACUGCCGCAUUGCAACGUAAUGAAUGACUCCUGGCUUAUUGGGCAUCUGGACGACGUAUAUUAUAUUGUUCUACAUCUCACGAUUCUGACGCAUCGCUCUCGCCUCGCCACGACCGACUACGACGCCGCGCCAACUUCCUCAUCUCGCAUGCUACUAGACUGCCCGUUAGGUAUACAGACUCGUCUCUUUGCCUAUAAUUAUUCUUUCCUA